AUGACAGGCCCGAGCCAUCGGCGCGGGACGUCAAGUUCCUCCAUCCACAACUUCGUUCGCUCACGAUCACCAUGGAUGCGUUAUCUCCGCCCACUCCUCCCUAGUUUCGUCUCUGAUGCCUUCUUCCCCGAUCACCGCCCGACAUGGCGGUUACAUCCCACCUCGUAUCUCGACGGCCUACGCGGCGUGGCCGCCAUUCUUGUCUUCUUCUGCCACUAUACCGAGAAUAACUUUCGCGCUCUCAUACCACCGUAUGGCCUCGAGCCGGACCCGGAGGAAUGGCACGGUUUAACUUGGUCUGCCGACUCGUGGAUCCAGCUACCAUUCCUUCGCGUUAUCUUCUCCGGGCGUCCGAUGGUUCAUAUUUUCUUCGUCAUUUCCGGAUUCGCGCUAUCCUAUAAACCCGUCCGCUGUCUACACGCUCGUGAACCAGACAAAGCCCUCGCUGCGCUCGCCUCGUCCGCUUUCCGUCGACCGUUCCGCCUGUUCGGCCCUUGCGUCGCAUCGACAUUUAUUAUCAUGUGCCUACGCCAAAUGGGGUACCUGACCCCCGUCAUGGACACAUUUGUGGAGGAGUUUAUCAAGUGGAAGAACGCACUGUUUCACCAGAUCACUUGGCCGUGGGCGUGGGACCGGGAUUUGCGGCCAGCGUAUGACAUCCAUUUGUGGACCAUUCCGAUCGAAUUUGCCCACUCCAUGCUGCUGUUCGUGGUGCUGUUAAUGCUGUCGAGGGCCAAACUGCCAAUACGGAUGGCGACAGUGUUUGGCCUAAUGAUGUACUGCCUGAGCUGUGGGAAGUGGGCCGGAUUUGAGUUUUUGGCGGGGUUGUUUCUGGCUGAGGUGCACGUCUUGCGGGCAUCAAAAGCGAAGGAGUGGGAAGGGGACGAAGAGUCGCAGGGGCCAAAUUGGGCACUCAAGAGCUUCCAGAUCUUUCUCGUUGUGCUUGGGCUCUUUGUCGCCGGCUGGCCCAACCACGAAGCCGACAAAACGCCUGGGAUCUCAUUCUUUCACGAACAAACACCAUUCCCGUUUGCAAGGAUGGAUAAGCUGGCGCCACAGAAGUUCUGGUUCAGUCUCUCCGCCGUGGCCACGGUGUGGGCCGUGGGAGAUCUGGAUUUCUUACGGGAGUUCUUUGAGGGCCCGUUUGCGCAGUACUGCGGGCGCAUCAGCUACGCCGUAUACAUUUGCCAUGGCCCGGUGGAGGGCCUUUUUAAGGAGCGAUUGAUCGGGCAUCCCCCAAUUCCGGAGUGGGGAGAGCCUGGGGCGCCAGAAUACAAACCAGCCUUACCCGCGAUGGGUAUCAAAGGACUCAUCGGGGAUGACACCACGAUACAGAUCACGUUGAGCUGGCUCUUUGGUCUGUGGCUGUUAGGGCCGCUUGUUAUCUGGGCGGCGGAUGUGUUUUGGCGAGGGAUAGACGCCCAGAUCGUCACACUCGCAAGGAAACUAGAAACGGUGUGUUUGGACGACACGGAACCUACCCCUCGGAGUCAGGGGUACUCAAUUGCGGCGUGA